AUGGAGGAUAACGCGUUUCGUGCCAAAUAUCAAUUGUGCAAAUACAAAGUGAAGUUAUGGGAAAAACAGUUCAUGCAAAAGUAUAACCGAGUUCCGUCCAAGCUGGAUAUUCGUGAAUCGCCCAAUGAUAUCAAAUAUUCAUAUAGAAUGUAUUAUCAGCUGAAGACAAAUCUCUUGAAGAAUACGUUGUUGGAUGCAUUAGACGAUGACGACGACUUCGACAGUUCUUUAAUUUCGCAAGAAUCGAGUUUUUCUUUGGACGUACCUGAGGGUACAAUUCGAAACAGCAAUGAAUUGUCUGAUAAACACGUUUCGAUGAGCAACCUACUAACGAAACCGAUUGGCUCUACCAGUUCUGAAACCUUUUUCGAGGCAGAAGAGCAAACGGCACAUAAUUUGACCGCUUGGAAAGAGGAAAAGAGCCGAAAACCGCAACCACUAAAAGGCGAGUCUCAAAAAGAAAAUACAAUCAAUCCAUCAAAACCGGUAGUUAUAAAAAAGACGACACUCAUGUCGGCAUCGAACAUGAUGAUUCCUAAACGAAAUCCACGUAAAUCCAUGUCCCGAAAUUCGUUCGGAAGUUUGACACUAAACUCCUUGUCUUCUGGUAAUGCUGGAAACGGUCAGAAAAAUGUUAUUCCCGAUCUUGAAACCUUACUAAUAGCCAAAACUAAGGAAUUGGAACCAAGCACCUUAAAAGAAGAGGAAAAGCCCCGAACGGUACCUUCGUCGCAACCAUUGACUGAGCCAAUCAAUCAGUUGGACGAACGAUGGUUAAAUCGGCAAUCUACAGGCUUUUCGGAAUUUGAUCUUCCUAGCUCAAAACAAGCAACACACCCCGAACAAACUGUCACGGUGAAUUAUGGUCUUCGGAAUGUGAAUUUGGCUUCAUUUGGCUCGUCUUCAAGCUUUGGUAUGUCUUCGUUAACCGUUUCGGACAAGGAAAAGCCAACGACGACUCAAGCACCGGGCCCAAUCGAUGUCCUAAAUACUGCUUACGAUCGCCCGAUGCAUUCCGAUUCUGACGGAGUAGUGGAAAAUUCUGAAGACGAAUCGACGAAAACAUCUCCCAGCAUGAUGCACGUGGCUAAAAAGCGUAAAUUAUUUACCGCCAAGAGCCAUAAUUCCAAUGAAGAGUUGGAUAGUAAAAGUAAAUUAGCCACCCAGCAAGAGUAUCAGAUACCGACCAAAAAUAAUAACGUAGUAGAUCAGCAUUCUCAUGAUACGGUUGAACGGGAAUCGGAAUCCAAAGAUAAGCCGCUAAAGAAGCGAAAUACGAUGAAGACAUUCAAGGACAAAUCAAAGCAGAGGUUGAAGAAAAUGGUAGAUAAAACGAAAGCAGCUGUUAUACCUCGGACCCGAUCAAUGCGAACAAAUGCUCGUAAAGUUGCAUCUCGCAAGGAACAUUAUCUAGAAGAUGAUUUGGAAAAUGAUCAUGUUGGUGCGUUUUCCAGUGAUGAUGAAGAUAAAGAUCCCAAUUAUGAAAUAAAUAAUACGAAAAACGAUGAUUUUUUGCUUGAGGAAGAAGAACACGAUCUAGAGGUAUCUUCCGAGAAAGUUUCUCGACCGAAGUUGGUUCGUCGUGCACGAAAUGUUGUACCAACCAAGCAAAGGCAAAAGCGUCGUGCAGUCAAGAAGCCGUCAGUUAUUUCACCUAAACUUAGCCCUGGGUCCUCAACCGCUUCUUCGAAGUUAAGCAAAACGAAAAAGAUCACUCGGCGCAAGAUAACGACCGAAGAUGAUGAAAUCAAUGACACCAAUGAGCCGGAAAAAUAUGUACCCGAAUUUGGAAUCGAUCGUAUCAAAAGCAUUCCAAGAAUUGAUAUUGACGAACUUGUUAAGGAUACUCAUAUCGCAGACCGAUUCAUCACGGGAACUGAUACCACUCAUGGGGCAACACUUAGUAACAAGAUCGCGACAACAACAUCAAUUAAUGCAAAAGAAGCAGCGUUACGUAAAAAAAUGGCAGCGGGAAAGCUUAAUGAAAACUUUGUGCGAAUUGAUCUACGUAAGAAGGUGUUCGUCAAGGGCAAGAAAACGAUCAAUUAUAGUCGCUAUAAGAAAUCACAAUGGAAAGCGAAAAAGGUGGCGGCACUGAGCGGUCCUAACAUGGAUAUGCGUGGGUGUGAUGGAGGAGUACUGACGUGCUUUAAUUGCGGUGGUACUGGUCACAUGGCGCGACAAUGUAAAAAACCGACCGAAGAUAAGCUCUUGCCAUACGAAGUGGAUGAAAUGGAAGACUCAAGUUUCCCCACAUUGCAAGAAGCGGAAGCGAUGGCGAAAUCAAGGACGAUGUUAGUGCAUUCGAAUCGCAUUGAAAGUCUACCUCCGGUAGCUAAUCCCUCUUGGAAAAUUUCAAAUGACGAAGAGCAGGAUACAAAACACGACGAUGACAUGCUAAUGGAUUCCGCUGAGGUAGUGUUACAGGGUGAAGAUAAUAAGGAAAACGACCAACACCCCGUAGAUGCCGGUGUUUCACAAUCUGCCUACAUUGGGCAUAAGAUACCGGAAGAUUUCCUUAAACAAUCCGGUAUUUUAGAGACAUGCGUUGUGGGUGGUUCCAAGGAUAAGAUAAAGCCUGUUUACGAACAACAAAUGGACGGUAAAUUACCUCCAACUCCACCAGAAGUGUUAGAAGUUUUGCGAAUGUUCGGCCACAAGAACUUCCGUCACGGGCAGGAAAAGGCCGUAAUGCGUGUGCUAUGUGGCAUGUCUACGCUAGUUACGUUGAGCACAGGUGCAGGUAAAUCGCUCUGCUACCAGCUGCCGGCCUACUUGUAUCGUCGAAACCGCGCAUGCAUUACGCUUGUGAUAUCUCCACUGGUUUCCUUGAUGGAGGACCAGGUACACGGUAUGCCGGACUUUUUGAACGCCCAAUGCUUGCACACGAAUCAAACUCCAAAAGUUCGAGAAAACACAAUGGAAGCUAUAGCAGGGGGUAAGGUUGACAUUUUACUCAUCUCACCGGAAGCAGUUGUAUCGGGAGAAAAAUCGACAGGUUUCGGCUCGUUAUUGCGUCAGCUACCGCCCAUAGCAUUCGCAUGUAUCGACGAAGCACAUUGUGUGUCCCAGUGGAGUCACAAUUUUCGCCCAAGCUAUCUUAUGAUCUGCAAGGUUUUAAAGGAAAAACUUGGUGUUAAGACUAUACUUGGGCUAACUGCAACGGCCACGGUUCAAACUCGGCAAAGUAUCGUCUCUCAUCUGGCGAUACCAGAUGGAUUGAACGGAAUAAUUAGUGAUAUUCCGUUGCCUGACAACCUGUUGCUGACAGUAUCGCGUGAUGCCAACCGGGAUGCGGCUCUCGUCGAACUGCUGCUAUCAGAGAGAUUUAAUUCACUCCAGUCCAUCAUCGUGUAUUGCACAAGGCGCGACGAUUGCGAGCGGGUGGCCACAUUCAUUCGAACCUGUUUUCAGGAUGCUGCACGUGCCGCGGCUGAAGCAAACGCGAAUAAACGAAAACGCUUGAAUUACGUCGCGGAACCAUAUCAUGCGGGAAUGCCUGCGUCUCGUCGUCGCACGAUUCAGAAUGCGUUUAUGAGUGGCGAUCUUCGCAUCGUGGUGGCUACUAUUGCGUUUGGUAUGGGCAUCAACAAAGCGGACAUUCGUGCCAUCAUCCAUUACAACAUGCCGAAGAACUUUGAAAGCUACGUGCAGGAGGUUGGUCGUGCUGGACGCGACGGUAUGUUAUCACAUUGCCACCUGUUCCUCGACAACCAGGGGAAGGAUCGGAACGAAUUACGUCGGUUUAUCUAUGCGAAUUCUAUCGAUCGACACGUUAUUAGAAAGCUGCUGCAAAAAAUCUUCGUUCCUUGUGCCUGUGCAAAAAUGUUGAAAAAUAAGUACCUGGCCAAUAAGCUUCGGCAGGAAAUCGAAGCAGUAAACGGUGUAAAUUGGGACACAGAUUUCGAUGACCUUCCAACAAUGAGCGACGAGAAGUCCUCCGUUAAAUCCCGAAAGCGUGUUUGCCCCGGACAUGAAAUAUGCUUUCCCAUUGAAUCCACAAUUCAACAGUUAGAUAUUCCGGAGGAAAAUAUAGCUACAUUUUUGUGUUACUUGGAACUAGAUGGACAAAGAUAUAUUCAGGCUUUGAGUCCGGCUUAUACUAUGUGCAAAGUAAUGUCGUACGGUGGUGUUCGUCCCUUACGACAAGCUGCAAAGGAAUGUCCUCCUUUGGCGAUGGCGUUUGCGCUCGACCUGAAGCGGGGCAUUUCGCACGCUACUUCGACUGUUAUUGAGUUUCCAGUGAUAGACGUAGCAGCAGCCAUUGGUUGGAAUAGCGGCGUCGUUAAACAUCAGUUAAAAAAUUUGGAGUGGACUAGCGUGAAUAACGUCUCAAAACGAUCACCAUUAACGGUUACCUUCUUCGAGCUUGGGUUUAGAGUGCGUGCUCCUGGCGAUUUGUCGGAUGAUGAACUUGAUUGUGCUCUUGACGGGCUCUAUGAACGUGUAACCUGUCAAGAACGCACCCAACUGGCUCAGCUGCAGUACAUAGCUGAGGCUUUGAAUUCGGUCAGUUUCAACACUAUAAGUCCGGUAAGAAGUGCCGAUUGUCCCACUGGACCCUCGGAUAAAUUAAAAUCUAUUGUGAGGGAAUACUUCUUGACCGAUAUCAGCAAGGAAAACAAAGAAAUCAUCCCGGAGCCUGACGACACAACGGACGAGCAGUUAUUAGCAGACAUUCGCACGACAAUAUGUCGUUAUCCGGAAAACAAUUUCACCGGGCGGGCCAUCGCACGGAUAUUUCAUGGCGUCCAAAGCCCUAACUAUCCGGCUCUGAUUUGGUCGAGAUCCAAUUUUUGGCGAUCGUACACUAAAACGGAUUUCAACCGAAUCGUGCGUUUAGCAAAUGCCGAAAUUGUGCGGAAGAGGUUGAACGGCCGCCUGAUCUUCUUCAAUCCUUUGUUGGCGCCGAUCGUAACGCUUAGCGGCGCCAAAUCCUAA